AUGAAAACUAGGUAUAUCUAAAAGUCAAACAAUAAAUUCUAAGGCCAACUGUAUAUUCCAGGUAAGACACCGGGAUAGCCAUACAAAGAAAAUUAGCAUAGAUUUUGCUAUUCAAUCACUAAGAGAAUGGGCAAAAGAGCUAAUCAGCAUGGAGAUAAAUUUGACUUCUUUUUGUAUUAAGCUGAUAGAAAGAUUAAUUUCUACAAGCCAUCGUAUCUAAAUGAAGAUAAUCCAUAUAAUCCAUUAAAGCUAGAGACGGAGAUCAAGAUACAUGAAGUUGACGAGGAAAAGUUCUAGCAAAUAAAAGAUCAAAUGAAGUCAAAUUUUGGAAUGACAAUCGAUGAUUUGCUUGCAGUUGAGGUAUUCAUAAUAUUAAAUUCAAUAUUUUAGGGCUGUAUGGAAGAUGAUAAGACUUUACUUGGAGGCAGAAAUUAGUUUUUAAGUCACUUUUGCACUCUUUUUAACUUCAAUAUCUGCUACUCCGCACUGGAAUCAAAAGCCAUCAAGAAAUAAGCUGACAUAUUUAAUGACAGUGAGCAGCUUGAUAAGAAAAUCGAUGAUUGGUUCAAAAAAUUCGAUGAUAUCAAAUGA